AAAAGAAUUUGUUAAUAAAAAGGAGUUUCCAAUGUUUCACAAUUUAUCAAUACGAUUUUUUAAAUACAAAUGUUGAUUAACGAUGGCCACAUUAGGCCUUUCAAAAGUCUUCAUACUGGAUAAAUAUUUUACGGAAUUACAAAAAUUUUGGGAGACGGAGAAGAAGUUGCAGGACGCCUCAUCAUCCAAUGAGGCUGUACACCUACAACAACGACUCAAGAGUCUCAGUACCGAAUUAGUUACAUUGCGAAAUCGUUUGCAUGUGGGCCAAGGCCAAAGUACAACAGCAACUGGAACAGGAACAUUAACAAAUGGCAAUGCAACAAAUUUAUCACAGCAGCAGCAGCAACAACAGCAAUUGGGCCCCCUAACAACGGGUCUAGAACUGAAUGCAUCAAGUCCAAAUCUAAAUAUUAAUAACAAUAACAAUAGUAAUAGCAAUAAUAAUUUAAGCCAUAACAACAACAGCAAUAACAAUAGUAAUAAUCAAUUUAACAACUUUGCCACAAAUGGCAAUAACUUAGUACAACAACAACAACAGCAGCAGCAACAACAACAGCAGCAAUUACAUCAACAACAGCAAUCACAAAUACAACAUGGUUCAAUAUAUCCCACAUUAAAUAAUAGUAAUAGUAACAACAGCAACAAUAGCAACAGCAACAACAACAAUACCACUACCACCAAUAACAAUAAUAAUAACAAUAAUUGUAGUAAUAAUGUUAAUUUAACAACCACUAAUACCGCCCAACAUCAUAAUCAUCACCAACAGCAACAACAACAGCAAUCACAUCAUCAACCACCAUCACAACAACAGCAACAACAUCAUAAUAAUAAUCAUACUUCAUCAUCUGUUAUAAAUACCAAUUCUGCCACAUCUAUUCUAAAUAAUAAUAACAACAAUCAUAAAAAUUCACAUCAUUUGUUUAGUCAUACCUUGCCACAUAAUUCGACAACCACAUCGGGUAUUGUUUCAUCACGAAAUACAUCCAUACCACAUCCACUGCCCCAUCAGAUCAAUGAAAAAGUUUCUUCAGCCGCCCAUCAUUUUAUGGGUUCAAUUGUAAUGCCUGUCAUACCACCACCGACAUCGAUGACACACUCCUCGAACACUCUACCUAUGCGAUCAUCGACACAUUCAUCACAUCUACACCACCAACAACAACAGCAGCAGCAACAACAACAACAACACCAUCAUCACCACCACCAGCCAUCGUAUCAUCAACAGACACAACAGCAUCAACACCAGCAACAUCAAUAUCAACAUCAGCCCAACCAAUUGCCCUUCAUACCCAUACAAAAGCACUUGAAUCCAUGUCAUGGCAUCAAUACUCUCCCCAUGGGUUUCACCAAUUCCAACAUUGUUGGCAGCAUACACAAUGUCAAUCGUUCGAAUCAGUAUGCAAAUCAAUUGAAUCACUCAACCAAUGGCAACUCGCAACACAAACAACCCUACGAAUUGGAAGAUCUAAUACAUCUAUCGGGACCACUGACUGAAGAUGCUGUAAUGCGAACUCUGCAGGCGAGAUUUAAUGAGAACUGCUAUUUUUCCAAUGUUGGUCCCAUUUUACUCUCCAUCAAUCCAUAUCUAAAUGUGGGCAAUCCCCUGACAUUAUCAUCCACCCGUUCAUUUCCCUUGGCUCCUCAGCUGCGCAAAAUCGUUCAAGAAGCCGUACGUCAACAAGCCGAAACGGGUUAUCCACAGGCCAUCAUAUUGUCAGGCACUUCGGGGGCUGGCAAAACCCAUUGCUCCAUGCUGUUGUUGCGCCAACUGUUUGCUGUGGCCGGUGGUGGUCCUGAAACAGAUGCCUUUAAACAUUUAGCUGCCGCUUUUACAGUAUUACGUUCCUUAGGUUCGGCCAAAACUUCUACGAAUUCGGAAUCCAGUCGUAUUGGCCAAUUUAUCGAGGUCCAGGUGACCGAUGGUGCUCUAUAUCGCACUAAAAUCCAUUGUUAUUUUCUGGAUCAGACGCGUGUUAUAAGACCUUUGCCCAAGGAGAAAAACUAUCAUAUUUUCUAUCAAAUGUUGGCCGGUUUGAGUCGAGAAGAACGUGUUAAAUUGAAUUUGGAGGGUUAUUCACCCCUGAAUUUACGCUACUUACAACAUGGUGACAUUUCACAAAACGAUCAGGAAGAUUCGGCUCGUUUUCAGGCCUGGAAAACUUGUUUAGGUAUAUUGGGCAUACCUUUUCUGGAUGUGGUUCGUGUUUUGGCUGCCGUUUUGUUGUUGGGAAAUGUACAGUUUAUUGAUGGGCAGAGCCUGGAAGUGGAUGUUAAAGGUGAAACAGAAUUAAAUGCUGUUGCCAGUUUGCUUGGUGUACCACCAGCCGCACUGUUUCGUGGUCUAACCACACGCACACACAAUGCUCGUGGCCAAUUAAUUAAAUCGGUGUGUGAUGCCAACAUGUCAAAUAUGACGCGUGAUUGUUUGGCUAAAGCUUUGUACUGUCGCACAGUGGCCACAAUUGUGCGCCGAGCAAAUAGUUUAAAACGUUUGGGUUCCACGUUGGGCACAUUGAGUUCAGACUCAAAUGAAUCGGUACACAAUCAAGGAGAUGUGGCUUCUCAGCAUGCCUCUACUAUUGGUGGUAACUCGGGCUCGAAAUCCAUGGCUGCCUUAAAUAAUGCCGUGCGUCAUGCUACAGAUGGCUUCAUUGGAAUAUUAGAUAUGUUUGGCUUUGAGGAACCUUCGCCGCAUGCCCAAUUGGAACAUUUAUGCAUUAAUUUGUGUGCCGAAACCAUGCAGCAUUUCUAUAAUACUCAUAUAUUUAAAAGUUCGGUGGAAUCGUGUCGUGAUGAGGGCAUUGUCUGCGAUACCGAAGUGGAUUAUGUGGAUAAUGUCCCCUGCAUAGAUUUAAUAUCCUCGCUGCGCACGGGAUUGCUUAGCAUGCUGGAUGCAGAAUGUGCAGCUCGUGGUACCGCCGAAAGUUAUGUGGCCAAAAUCAAGGUGCAACAUCGCAGUUCACCGCGUUUGGAGAUAAAACAUACCACCGAACCUCAUGAUCCUCGCAUGUAUAUGAUACGCCAUUUUGCUGGUCGUGUGGAAUAUGAUGCUACUGAUUUUUUGGACACCAAUCGUGAUGUGGUGCCGGAUGAUUUAGUGGCCGUAUUUUAUAAACAUACUUGCAAUUUUGGUUUUGCCACACACCUAUUUGGUUCCGAAUUAAAAGCUUUAUAUGCUCUACAAAGUGUGCCGCGGGGUUUGAGUUUUCGCAUUGCGCCCACUUCUCAUACAGAUCUGCUGAAUGGUGAUGAACCCGUUUCUACUUUGACGCAAGACUUCCAUACACGUUUGGAUAAUCUGUUGCGUACACUGGUUCAUGCUCGUCCUCAUUUUGUGCGCUGUAUACGCAGUAAUUCUUCCGAAGCGGCUGGCUGUUUUGAGCGUAUGACCGUGGUUAAACAGAUACGCUCCUUACAAGUCCUGGAAACUGUAAAUCUAAUGGCUUCUGGUUUUCCUCAUCGCAUGCGUUUCAAACAGUUUAAUGCUCGUUAUCGCAUGUUGGCUCCCUUCCAUCUGAUACGCCGUAAUGAAGAUAAAAUGGAGGAAUGUUGCAAUAUCAUUCUGCAAUAUGCCAUGGAAAAUCCGCCUGUUGUGGAGGGCUCCGUUACGUUGGCUUGGGCUCCCGGUAAACGUCAUGUGUUCUUAAGCGAGGGUAUACGUCAGCAUUUAGAACAUUUGCGCACGGAGAUUCGUAAUAAGAGUGCCACUUUGGUACAGGCCACUUGGCGUGGUUGGCAGUGGCGCAAGAAAAUGGGUGGAGUUAAGCAGAGAACGCGUACAAAUGGUGGUGGAGUAUUAAUGAUGUCCUCGUCAAAACUUCAAAAAGCACAUGCUAAUAAUAACACGCUUGGAGUGGGAGCUUCUAAUGCAGUUGUUGCUGCUGCAGCAGCAGCGGCGGCCGCCGCUACUUUAACAACUUCACUACCGCGUUUGUCGGCGAAAACCACAAAUCUGGGUACAGUUACAAGGCCCAGACCACAGCCUAUAGCGGGCACUCCACCACCGGAUCCCAAUGAAAAAUGUGACACAAAGAUAAUACAGCAAACUUGUUCUCUAUUUGCAGGAACGUCCACCCCCUGUGCCACCGUCACGCAACUACACUGUCACCGGCAAUACAAAACUAUGUUUUCCACAAAAUCGUAUUAUGAAAAUGAAUUUCCCUGAGGACACGAUUACAAAUCCGCCCACCGAACAAUUGAAAAAAGGUGAAAGUGUAACGGUAGUUGGUGCCUCAACAUGUCGUGGUCAUUUGAUAGUCGAGCACAAAGGACAAAAUUUCCAUGUACCGUUUCAGUACAUGGAAUUGG